AAAAGAAACGCAACCAACAAGCCAGUGCUCCGCCUUUGCAGCGUGACUCCCCACGAACAUGUGCCGUCCGUUGGAAAUCCAAGGGACUCUCAAUGGAACUUUAUCCACAAAGAUACCCCAACAAGCAACCAGAAAUGAGUAUGGCGCUUCCUCCAUGGCAAAGGGGAUGAUGCCUACCGCGAUGGACAUUCAUGCCAUCCACCCGAUUCCGUUCAUGAACCCGAUGAUGAUGUCGGCGUACGCCAAGCCCUCGUCGUUCGAGUUCAUGAUGCAACAAGCCUCUCCCGCAUCGAUGUACCCCCCGAUGAUGAUGAUGAACAACCAAUAUCAACCCGCCGCCGACACGUUGGACUCCGACGCUAGCUCCAUGCAGGAUCUGUUGGAGUAUGCUCUGUUCAACGACGAGGUGAAGCCCAAGGGCGGCUCCACCGAUGGCGACAGCGACCUCGAAGUCACGGAAGAGUUCGACAACAAGGAAAUCGACAUUCUGUACACGUUUUUGAUGGAUCGCAGCCCUUCUACGUUCAUUCCGUCGCUUGCUGUGCCGACACCGAUCGUCCACCCCAACCCGACUACCUUCGACCCUAACAGCGGUGUCAUCUCCCUCAACCUUCUCGACGAGUCUCCUUUGGGUGCCUACUUGGAUGGCGACGAUGAGUGCGACGAAGAACUUCUCAACAUGCAACUUGUGGCGCCCCCUCAGUUCGACACUCAGGCGAUAAGGAUGAAGAGCAGUGACACCGACUCAUGGACCGACGACUCGAGUGAAACCAAUGCGCAUGACAAGAAUCGUCGUUUGUGCAAAAUGACGGGGUGCCAGCGGCGCUCCCGUUCGCAUGGCCUCUGUAUCUCCCACGGCGGCGGCCGACGGUGUGCUGUCGACGGAUGCGGGAAAAGCAGCCAAGGCGGGAACUUGUGCAUCAAGCAUGGCGGCGGAAAGCGCUGCGAGAUGGAGGACUGCAAUCGUGCGGCGCAGUCCAACAAUCUGUGUAAAGCGCACGGCGGUGGACCCCGCUGCCUCUUUGACGGGUGCGACCGAAGUUCCCAAGGCGGCGGGUACUGCCGUUCCCACGGCGGCGGCAAACGCUGUCUAUUUGAAGGCUGCGACAAGGGUACCCAGCGUGGGGAAUUCUGCGCGUUGCACGGAGGGUCGCGGCUCUGCGGCGUGUCUGGAUGCAUGCGCAACGACCGCGGCGGGGGGUUCUGUGCCACCCACGGGGGAGGCAAGCGCUGCCGCCAAGAAGGAUGCGAGAAGCCGUGUCGCCGCCGCGGCAUGUGCUCCGCCCACAUUCGCCUACUCGAUGAAAAGUAAUAACCAAGAAGGAAGCGCGCUGACGGGCUGAGGAGAAGAGUGAGAGACUAUUAGAUGACUGCCUCGGAAGUGUUUGUAUAUUUUAUUCACGUCCUUCAUUCAAGUGGGAUGCCAUUGUUCCUUUGGUGUUUCGGUGGUUUUACAGUUAGCUUUAAAAUGGCAUAAAUAAAAGUAGAUAUGGCACAACA